AUGUACGGCAAUGAGGAUAAUUCACAGAUGAUGGAUGAUCCGUACUCGACACCUUUGCAACCCCAAACAAUAUUGUUGCGCGAUGGGGAAACAGUAUCCACGAUGUAUCCGAUCCCUGCAAACCCAGACCUUCUUCCUAUAGGGCUUGUAGAAUUUCUACUCGAUGAGUUCAACAUGGAAAUUGAGAAUGGACAAAGCUUCCCAUAUUAUGAGCCUCUAUCACUUGAUGAAUUUAAAAAGAGCUGGUUUGACUGUCAUGGUGUGUUAUGUGUCAUGGUUCUCGGUGAACUUCCGGAGUUAGAUUACUCAGUACCAAUUAACCGCUCUGAAGAAAUAGAUGAAGUAUUAGGCCUGAAAUAUAGUGAAAGGUUUACGUCAACUUAUAUGAAAAGAAAGGAACGUCGUAAUUUGAACCUCAGCAUUCAAUGGGAGAGACAGUGUCUUGGAAUUUUUGAUUUAAAACCUGCAUAUCCAGGCCGUUCUUCUCAUGUCGCCACUGGCACAUUCCUGGUAAAUGCAGGUAUUAGAGGGAAAGGUAUUGGCAAAACUUUAGUGGAUUGUUUUCUGAACUGGGCUCCUCAGCUUGGGUUUACAUCGUGUUACUUUCCGUUGGUAUACGGUACUAAUGUAGGAAUACGAAGAAUAUUUGAGUCAUCUAACUUUAGGAGAAUUGGAAAACUUCCAGAAUCAGGUAUUUUGAAAGGAUUUGACUCUCCAGUAGACUCAUUCAUAUAUGGUAAAGAGUUUACUCAUGUUAGUAAACACAUGAACUCUUUACAUUCAUCAGUGGACGACACUAUAAAAGCAAAAUACGAAAGACUCAUAUAUUAUCUAGAGCACGGAGAAUACCCCCCAUCAUGUAAUAGAAAUGAGAAGGCAAGAUUACGGGUAAUUGCUAAGAAGCAUUCCCUUAUUAACGGAAAGCUCCAUUUCAAAGGAAAGGAAGUUGUGUAUGAUCCACAACGACAGUUGAGAAUUGCAUAUGAAACUCACAUGGUUGACCAUCAGGGAAUUAAUAGAGUAACUUCAAAGCUAGCCGAGAAAUACCAUUGGAAAGGUAUUAAACAAACAGUAAUACAAGUUAUCAACUCAUGUUCGAACUGCCAAGAAAACACAAAUAGGAUGUCUGAUGAAAGCGUUGUUAUUGACACAAGAACCGAUCCCAAUGGCCAACCGCACACAAUUGUUCAUGCAGUUCCACAAGGUCAUAUAUCUGAAAGUUUGGAGACAUUAGAAGAAUUGACACCGGCGGACUCCACCAAUAAAUCUCGGUUGAAAACAUCAUUUGUUCAAAGGAUUAAAUUUGGCAAAGAUCCGGGCUCUGAGAGUGUCAAAAGAAAGCUGGUCACGAGCUCAGAUGACUCGAUGAAUUCUUUUUCUAACUAUGCUAAUGAAGGUAUCAAGAGCAGCAGUAGGAAGAAGUCGAGAAGUGGUGAUCCAAGAGGCAGCGAACCAGGGACUGUCAUAUUGGAAGAAGAGACACCAAAUAGCAUGGUGGAUGACGCGUUACUAAACCUAGAAGAUAACGUGAUGGCCGCAGUAGAGGCAGUUCGGAAUGAGCAGCAACAAAAAUCAAGUCCAGGUAGUGAUAAUAUCAACGGGAACAGUAAGGAUCCUCCUCAUGGUGGCCCAAAAAAUCAUGGAACUCGUAUUUCCUCGGAAGGAAUCAACAGACAGGCCUAUUAUUAA